CAUCAUAGAGUUGAAGAAAUCCUUUGUCUCGAAGCAUUCCUCCUUCGUCCACCGGCCGGAUAGUCUGAUACGGCAAUCGAUCUUCACCGUCGUCGUUCUGUCCCGAGGAAAUAGAUAAUGCCUGGACAAAAGAUCGAAUCGGGUCAUCAAGACACUGUCCAUGAUGUGGCAAUGGAUUAUUAUGGCAAGCGUAUUGCCACUGCAUCAUCAGAUAACACGAUUAAGAUAAUUGGGGUGAGUGGCACAACCAAUCAGCAUCUAGCAACUCUUCAGGGUCACCAAGGUCCUGUUUGGGAGGUGGCUUGGGCUCACCCAAAGUUUGGGUCUUUACUUGCUUCAUGUUCCUAUGAUGGGCGUGUCAUAAUAUGGAAAGAAGGCAAUCAGAAUGAGUGGAGCGAAGCUCAUGUUUUUGAUGACCAUAAAUCUUCUGUUAAUUCAAUUGCUUGGGCUCCUCAUGAAGUGGGACUCUGUUUGGCGUGUGGUUCAUCUGAUGGGAACAUAUCAGUCUUCACUGCAAGACCAGAUGGUGGUUGGGACACCUCAAGGAUUGACCAAGCUCACCCCGUAGGUGUCACUUCUGUUUCAUGGGCCCCAUCAACUGCACCUGGAGCUCUCGUUGGUUCUGGUUUGCUCGACCCUGUUCAGAAACUUUGCUCAGGUGGCUGUGAUAAUACCGUAAAGGUGUGGAAGCUGUACAAUGGGAUCUGGAAAAUGGAUUGCUUUCCAGCGCUACAAAUGCAUACCGAUUGGGUCAGAGAUGUUGCUUGGGCACCCAACUUGGGCCUACCAAAAUCCACAAUUGCAAGUGCCUCACAGGAUGGAAAAGUAAUUAUAUGGACUGUUGCCAAGGAUGGAGAUCAGUGGGAAGGGAAAGUAUUGAAGGAUUUCAAUGCCCCUGUUUGGAGGGUCUCAUGGUCGCUGACUGGAAACAUAUUGGCUGUGGCUGAUGGGAACAACAAUGUAACAUUGUGGAAAGAAGCUGUAGAUGGGGAGUGGCAACAGGUGACGGUAGUUGAGCCAUAGAAUUCUCAAUACUUUUUUCUCUUGUAACAUCAGGCCCUGUUCCAGAUGAUAUUUGGUUAGAUUUAUCAGAACUGCCAGUCUCUACCUUUUUUACGUUGUUACUCAAUUGAGCACUUUUUCGCGGAUAUUCUGAAACUCAAGUUUUAAACUUAACUAUCAGUGAAAGUCUUGAAUUCCAACUUUUUAAGGUGAUGCAAUGUAGUUUGCGGGCGUUAUUCUUGUCAAAACAGAAAUGCUUGAGCCAUUCUUAAGGUUUUGUGUAACUAAAUAUGCAAGCAACAC